CACACUCCGUCUCUUUGCCGACGAGUAAACUAUUGGUAUCAGAGAAUCGCCCCUCCGCCGGAAUCCUCGCCGGAGUCAGAUCUCUUCGCCGGGAAACGAGUCGGAAUCUCUGUUCUCUGAGAAAACGCUACGACAGUUUCCAGAUCCUUCGAUUUCUCUCUUUCUCUCUAGUUAGAAAAAUGUAUAAUAAUGUGGGAGCCCAGCCUGGGGUACCAAGACCACCAGCAAUCUCUCAGCCUAAUCCAUUCGGGGAUACAUUUUAUGGAGCUGGUUCAGGACUUAUCCGUGGUGGCUUGGGUGCAUAUGGGGAGAAAAUUUUAGGAUCAAGCUCUGAGUAUGUGCAAAGCAAUAUAAGCAGGUAUUUCUCCGAUCCUCAAUACUACUUCCAAGUGAAUGAUCAAUAUGUUAGGAACAAAUUGAAGGUUGUCCUGUUCCCAUUCCUGCACAGGGGUCAUUGGACGAGAAUAACAGAGCCAGUGGGAGGCAGGCUCUCCUAUAAACCCCCAAUUUAUGACAUAAAUGCGCCAGAUUUAUACAUUCCAUUUAUGGCAUUUGGAACCUACGUAGUUCUUGCUGGCUUCUCACUGGGUCUGCAGGGAAAGUUUAGUCCAGAAGCUCUAAACUGGUUGUUCAUCAAGGGAUUGCUCGGUUGGUUUCUACAAGUGUCGCUGCUUAAACUAACACUGCUCUCGUUGGGGAGUGGCGAGGCACCCUUGCUCGACAUUGUGGCGUAUGGUGGGUACUGUUUCACAGGGUUGUGCGUGGCAAUCCUGGGGCGAAUUUUGUUUGGCUACUCUUACUACUUUUUGAUGCCUUGGACCUGUUUAUGCAUGGGAAUUUUCUUGGUGAAGACUAUGAAGAGAGUCCUCUUUGCUGAGGUGAGGAGUUACGAUUCGAGCCGGCACCAUUAUCUCUUGCUGUUUAUAGCUUUGGCUCAGUUCCCACUUUUUACAUGGCUUGGCAUAACAAGUGUUAAUUGGUUUAUAUAGGGAUGAUGAUUUCAUUUUGUACUUGGAAAAAAAAAAAAAAAAAUUAUGUGGGUUCAUAGUAGUUUCUCAAGUGUUAUAGGAAUUUCUCUUUUUCGUGGUGACAAUUUUAUGCUCCCCCAUUUAACAAUUAUGGAGAGUAUUGACAUAAGAUUCAGAUCUUCUGUUUAAUUUUUAGGUUUCAUUCAUUUUA